AUGCUAGAUUUCUUAGUACUUGCGCUAACGCUCUUUAGCGUAAGCAAUGCAUUCUACUUACCUGGAGUAGCACCCACGGAUUACAAAGAAGGCCAAUCAAUCCCAUUGCUAGUGAACCAUUUAACACCCGCAUUACAUCAUGCAUCAUUGGGUAAAGGAACCACAUCAACAUACGUGUACUCGUAUGACUACUACUACCCCAAAUUCCACUUUUGUCAACCGGAAGGUGGACCCGUGAAGCAGCUGGAGUCAUUGGGAUCGAUUAUAUUUGGAGAUCGUAUUUUCAACUCCCCCUUUCAAAUUGCAAUGUUGAAGGAGGUUCAGUGUCAGAAAUUGUGCACUUCAACUUAUCCAAAGGGGGACUCGGUGUUUGUUAAUAGGAAUAUCAGGGCUGGGUACAGUUACAAUUGGCUUGUUGAUGGAUUACCCGUUGCUAGGAUUAUCCAGGAUUUGAGGACACAAUCGCAGUUUUAUGGUACUGGGUUUGAUAUUGGGGCUAUUGAUACUGAUAACAAGGCUGUUUUGUUUAACCAUUUUGAUUUGAAUAUCAAGUAUCAUGAAAAGGGCGACGGCAAGAAUUUUAGAGUUGUUGGUAUCACGGCCACACCUGCGUCGUUGGAUAGGUCGGCGUUGCCUGAGGAUUCAGCACCGGAGACUUUGUGUGCGACUGAUUUGAAACUGGUUUAUUUGGAUAAGGAGAAGGAUACGCUGGUGUUGUUUACGUACUCGGUCAAGUUUGAAAAGAGCGAUAUUGCGUGGGCAACGAGGUGGGAUCAAUACUUGCAUGUCUAUGAUCCCAAGAUUCAAUGGUUUUCAUUGAUUAAUUUCUCAUUGAUUGUGUUGAUUUUGGCUAUUGUUAUUGCCAAUAUUUUGGUGAGAACGUUGAAGAAUGAUAUCGUCAAGUACAACGAGGUGAAUUUGGAUGAUGACGUUACUGAUGAAAGUGGGUGGAAGUUGGUCCAUGGUGAUGUGUUUAGACCACCUCCACAAAGAUUAUUGUUGUCGGUGCUUGUAGGAAGUGGUGCACAGAUAUUUUUUAUGAUAUUUGUCACCAUAUUCUUUGCCUUGUUUGGAUUGUUGUCGCCUUCGAACAGAGGUGCCUUGUCUACAUUCUCCUUUAUUCUUUACAUUUUGAGCAGUUUUGUAUCGUCAUAUGUGUCGGGAUACUUGUACAGGUUCCUUGGUGGUGAUAAUUGGAAGUUGAACUUGAUCCUCACGCCAGUUCUUGUCCCCGGUAUCUUGUUUGGGGUGUUUGUGUUGCUCAACUUCUUUUUAAUCUCGGUUGAAUCAUCGGGUGCUAUUCCAGUUGGUACCAUGGUUGCAAUUGUUGUCAUUUGGUUUGUGAUCUCGAUUCCAUUGUCGGUUGUUGGAUCAAUCGUUGCUUCAAAGAGACCCUUGUUGGAUGUUCCCGUUAGGACCAAUCAGAUCCCAAGACAAAUUCCUCAACAGCCAUGGUACUUGAAAUUGAUUCCUGUUACCCUCAUCAGUGGUAUUUUCCCAUUUGGUUCAAUAGCCGUGGAAAUGUACUUUAUUUAUUCAUCCUUGUGGUUCAACAAGAUUUUCUACAUGUUUGGCUUCUUAUUCUUUUGCUUCCUUUUGAUGAUUAUGACAACUGGUUUAAUCACGGUGCUAAUGGUUUACUACACAUUGUGUUCGGAAAAUUACAAAUGGCAAUGGAGAUCCAUGUUUAUUGGUGGAGGAUGUGCCGUUUAUGUGUUUAUCCAUUCCAUCUUUUUAACCGGUGGCGAAAAGUUGGCUGGAUUGACGUCGUUUGUGUUGUACACGGGAUACUCCGUUGUUAUUUCGUUGUUGGUGUUCCUUUGUUGUGCCAGUGUUGGAUUCAUUUGUAGUUUAUUCUUUGUCAGGAAGAUCUACAGUCAGAUCAAGAUUGAUUGA